AUGGCGCGCACACCGUACGCCAAGAGCCCGCGCGCGGUCGAGGCCGGCGGCGCGAGCGCCUACUCGCCCGCCAAGCGCGGCCUGUGGACGCGGGCGCGGCUCGUCGCGGUCGGCGGCGGCGGCGGCGGGGCACGUUCUGGCCUCGUGCGCCGCGGCCUCGUCGUCGGCCUGUUCUUCGCGCUCAUUGUGCUCGUGUACCACCGCGACAGUGGAUUGAAUAUUGUCCGACCGGACACGCACCGCGGGUCCGCUGACGCCGACGACUGGGAGCCCCCGUCCUUCCCCAACGUGCACGCUGGUAGCGGGCACCACGACGUGCUGGACGGCGACGAGACGACAACGACGUCGACGACCGCCGCGCCAAAGAAGAAGCCGGGCAAGCUGACGCCGUCCGCGUCGUCGCUGCACGCCCCGGCGGCCGUCCUCGGCGCGGACAUUAAGCUGCCCGUGCCGCAGGACUACUCGCCGUUCUAUGGAGGCAAGUCGCGCCGCGCGAUUGACAUCUCGUCCGACCCGCUGCCUGUCACCGCGACGCUGCAGGAGCGCUUGAACGUCUGGCGUAAUGCGCCAGGUGGCCGUGGUGCCAUCGACGGCGAGGUCGAGCUCGGCAAGUUUGUCCAGUGGAACCUCGAGAAGUGCACCACGAUCUCCGAGCAGCACAACACGCACAUGAUCCAGAAGAGCGCGAAUGUCUGGGCGUCGAUGGACCGCAGCAUUGUCCAACAGAAGCGCAUGGAGCUCAUCAACCACAUGGAGACGCUGGUCGGCUCCCAGGAGCUCAAGGACGUCGGCGAGGGCCGCGGCAUUGUCAUGGUCGCUGGAAACGUCGACACCCUCAUGCGUGUCAAGUGGUCGGUGCAGAUGCUGCGCUCGUACGGCUCGCAGUUGCCUGUGCAGGUUUACCACUUCCCCUCUGAGGCGCCUAACCCGGACGACGAGAUUAUCCAGCAGCUCGCUGACCUGAACGUGACCCUUGUGUCGGCAGUCGGCCAGAAGAAGGACCCCAAGCACAACAAGAGCUACCACCUCAAGGCUAUCGCCGUCAUCCAGUGCCCGUGGCGCGAGGUGCUGUACCUUGACUCGGACAGCGUGCCCGCCCGCGACCCCGAGUACAUGUUCAAGGCGCCCGGUUACGAGCGCUUGGGCAUCUUCUGCACGCCCGACUACUGGAAGACGAGCGGCAACUCGCCCAUGUGGGCCAUUGCCGGUGUCAAGUGCCGCGACGAGUGGGAGAUGGAGACGGGCCAGAUGUUUAUCGACAAGGCGCGCCACCUCGACGUCUUCUACCUCAUCAAGUACAUGCUCUACAACCACCACUACUGGUUCUACUUCUCCGACGGCGACAAGGACAUCUUCCGCUGGGCUAUGCUCAUGCUGCGCAAGCGCUGGGCUGUGCCUGGGCGCUGGGUCGCUGCUGGCGGUCUUCCCGGCGGUACGCUCUCUGGCGACUUUUGCGCGCUCAGCAUGAUCCAGCACGACGCUUGGGGCGUCCCGCUGUUCGUGCACUACAACCUCAUGAAGACUGUGCCCUCGGGCAUUGGCCUCGGCUUCUCGUGGGGCCGGUCCAAGCAACUGCCGCUGUUCAACACGUGGCCUGCCACGCCUUCCACCGCCAGACUCGGUGAGCCGCGCAUCAGACCGACAGACGGCGACAAGCGCGGCCUCGGCGACGUAGACUGCGACAUGCUGGCCGAUGCGGACGAGUACGGGUACGCGCGUGCGCCGGCGCAGGAGAUGAUCAUGCGCCGUGCCGUGCGCGAGCGCGGCGUCAAGGCCAAGUACCACGGCGGAAGCUUGUCGGCGCUCUGCAUCGACCUCGACUAUGUCGACGUGCGCUCCGAGGAGCGUAUCAAGGAGGACGAAAAGUACCGCGAGUCUUUCAACACGACUGCGGUCGACGACGCGAUCACCGAGUGGCAGGAGGCGGCCGAGGAGGCCAAGCGUCUCGGCGAGCCCGAGCCGCCACGCCCGUACUCUGUCAUUCCGGACUGGACCAGCCCCGUCGAACUCUGGGGCUGGCACAACGACCCCGACAUGCACGCGUUCGAGAACAAGAUCUACGGCCUUGGCUUCGUGCCGAACGGCCACGGAUUCUGAGCGCGUGGGUGACACAACACGUCAGCCAGCGAGUGAUCGACCGUCGAUCACAUCUAGAACAAACACACACUCUCUGUGCGCGCGCACACGCCGUGCCCGCACGAUUAGACACACGAAUGACGACCAACCUAGACCACUUGAGACGUGCUGCCACAGUGCGUCCUGUAGCAAACAUGUAUGC